ACGAUCCGAUUCGGGCUAAUAAUAGGAGCUUUGUUGAGCUAAAUUCAGACAAUUGCACACAGGAGGGGCGAGAAUCGAACAUAUUUGUAUCCCACUAAAAUACACUGAAGAUGAGCCUGGCUUUGGGAUUGGGUAGCGACCAGAUAGCGUAACAUCCCCCUCCUCCUCUGUGAAGAGAAUUGCGUUAAAACGAAAAGGAAAGGCCUGCGCUUUAUCAAUAUAACAGGAUAAUUUUUAUUUUAUUUUUUAUUUUCUGCACAUAGAUUAAACGAGGACUCGCAGCUGGCUGGUGUAUGUGUUUAGAAUGGGACACGCUGAAGGUCCAGUCAAAGAAAAAGACAGUUAAGGAUGCAGGAGCACAACAAUGGAUUUCUCCUUCUCUUUCAUGCAAGGGAUCAUGGGAAAUACAAUUCAACAACCCCCUCAGCUUAUUGACUCGGCCAACAUCAGACAGGAAGGUACCUGUGACACCGGUAGUGACCCGGGUGAGGAUGGUGGUCCCUCUUACGAUGCUGCAUUGGAUGCAGAAUUUUCCUACCCGCCCUCAGCGUCAGAGGACAUGCCACAUGUGUCCAAUGGAUACCCGCCGGGUUUGGGCAUGUAUGAGCCACAGGCCAAAUUCUCUCUAUACUCACAGUUUCCCAAUGGCUCUGCAAACGGGUUUGGGGCAAUACGCAGUUACACUGACCACGGCCUCAUGCCAGUGGAGGGCACGGUCCUGAGAGGCCCGGGUCUCCAGGAAAGGCCCCUUUCUCCUGUCUCACCCCCACUGCCUACACAUCAUCCCCAUCUACUCCACUCCCAUCACCAUCAUCACCCCCAUCAUCAUGCUCACCACUUCCACCCGAACCAGCCUCACAUCCAGACACAUCAACAGAGUCCCCCUCCACUCCCCCUACCCACACAGCACCACCUGUCACAGACGCCUCACAUUAUGACCCACACGCUCCCGCCACCUCCUCCUCUACACCUGCCUUCCUCCAGCCCUCCACCUUCCUUGGUGGACAGCACCCCUUCCUCUCACCCCUCUAAUGUCCUUUCAAACACAACGAGUGGAGUCCUGAAGAAAACCAGCUCGCCGGAGAUCAAGCUGAAGAUCAUCAAGACGUAUCAAAAUGGCAAAGAGCUGUUUGAGUCUGCACUCUGUGGAGACCUGCUUCAGGAACUUCAGAAGGAGUCUCGGAAAAACGAGGCCACACAGAUUCAGCGUAGACAUGAGCGGAAGAAGGAGAAGAGGAAAAAGAGUGCUCAGCUGCUGCAGGUUCAGGAUCAAAACUUGGAACAGGUCCAGACUCAAAUGUGUACAACAAGCCAGACAGAAGACACCCACGUCCAGCCCCAACUAAAAGAGACGCCUAUUGCUCGAAUAGAAAGGCCUCCGAAGACCAUUAUCAAAACUGAGCCAAAGACACCGAAGGUUCCGAAAGUUCAUCAUCCUUCAGUGAUCCAAGAGACAGGCUUCUGUAAGGAGUUUGUGAUCGGCGAUCUGGUGUGGUCCAAAGUGGGCACUUACCCAUGGUGGCCUUGCAUGGUCUCUUCUGACCCACAGAUGAAGGUCCACACUCGAAUCAACACCAGAGGUCACAGGGAAUAUCAUGUACAGUUUUUCGGCAGCGUUGCAGAACGAGCAUGGAUCCAUGAAAAGAGGAUUGUCAUGUACCAGGGGAAGCAGCAGUUUGAUGACCUGCAGGCGGAAACACUGCGUAAGGCCACCAACCCAGUGGAGAAACAGAAGCUUCUAAAACCGAUACCUCAAAGGGAGAGGUCUCAGUGGGAAGUGGGCGUCGGACACGCCGAAGACGCCUUCUUAAUGACACGGCAGGAGAGAAUCGACAACUACACCUUCAUUUACGUCGACCCCGCUCCGAACGAAGCACCGGUGGGCAAAAAGAACAAUGUGCGGCCUGAGAAGCGAAAUCGCCGCUCGAGCGGUUCGACCACUAAGAAGGAAGACGGAGGGGUGAAGUCUCCAGAGAGAGAGCAGCAUCCACCGCGCAGACAGCUCCCACGUAGACAGUGUAGUAUUUCAAAUACAGAAGACAACUCCCAGCCACCAAAUGAUGAGAAGACUCUGAAGGGGGACCAGAGUGAAGGCAGCUCCCCAGAACACAAAGAGGAAGCUGAAGCACAACAGGAUUCUCCACCGCCUGUCAGGGCGUGGAAAACUGCUGCAGCCAGGAAACUGCUGCCUCUUUCCAUUACAAUGAAAAGACUGAAUGUGGAGAUCACCAAGUGUGAUUGGCCCCUGCUGCAAAAGAAAGCGUCCCCUCCUGUAAAGAAAGAAGAGGAGAGGGUGGAGGAAAAGGAGACUCGGCAGCCCGACCUGGGCUACUGCUCCCCAGAGGACAGCACAGCAAAGCCUGAGCCCAGUCCAGAAGUGGAGGAAGACAUAGAUGAUGUGGAUGAAGAGAUGGAGGACAGAAGAGAAUCUCCUGCAAGUCAAAGGAGUGAGGAUGGAGGGGUGCAGCCCGUGUCCUCACCAGGGUCUCCCCACAGCAGUCCCCAUGGGUCUCAGGAAAGAAAGCUUCAGCGGCGGUCAGUGAGGAGCAGGUCUGAGUCUGAGAGGGGUUCUGACCCAGUCCCUAAAAAGAAAACCAAAAAAGAGCAGACUGAAAUGGCUCCUGAGACCACACUGAAGACUGGUUCUCAGAAAGGAGCCAGUGAGAUCUCAGAUGCCUGUAAGCCCUUGAAGAAACGGAGCAGAGCGUCGACGGAUGUGGAAAUGACUUCUUCACAGUACAGAGACACGUCUGAUUCUGACUCAAGAGGCCUCAACGAUCCCCAGGGUUUAUUUGGAAAGAGUCUGGACAGUCCUGCUGCUGCAGAUGCAGAUGCCUCUGAUACUCAGAGUGUGGACUCUGGUUUGUCACGUCAAGACAGUAGCACUGGAAAGAGAGACACUGUCUGUCAGAUCUGUGAGGUGUAUGGCGAAAGUUUGGUAGUGUGUGAAGGCGAUUGCAACAGGCAAUUUCACCUGGACUGUUUGGGGCUGACGUCUCUAACUGACGGCAGGUUCACUUGUCUGGAGUGUAGAAAUGGCACUCACCAGUGUUUUAGCUGUAAGACAGCAGGUCGGGAAGUGACACGAUGCUCAGUAUCGGGCUGCGGUUGUUACUACCACGAAGAUUGUGUCCGCAAACUCCCAGGUACCACCAGCAGUUCCAGUGGCGGAUUUUGCUGUCCCCAACAUAGCUGCGUCACCUGCUGCCUGGAGAAGGACUUGCUGCGAGCCGGUAAAGGUCGAAUCAUGCGCUGCAUCCGCUGCCCGGUGGCGUAUCACACAGGCGACAGCUGCGUUGCUGCGGGCAGCAUGGUCCUCACUCAUCACAUCAUGAUCUGCAGCAGCCACGGCAGCACCAAGAAGAACGGCCUCCUCACCUCCCCUGUCAAUGUGGGCUGGUGCUUUCUAUGUGCCAGAGGGCUGUUAGUGCAAGACCUUACUGACACCAUAUUAAGUUCAUAUGCCUAUAAGUCCCACUACCUUCUGACUGAGUCAAAUCGUGCUGAGUUGAAAUUACCUAUGAUUCCCUCUCCUUCGUCAGCUACCAAAAAGAAUGUUGGGAAAGGAGGCAAGUUGCUGUGCUGCGACUCAUGUCCAGCUUCCUUCCACCCGGAGUGUCUGGAGAUGGAGAUGCCAGAGGGGCCGUGGUCCUGCAGUGACUGCAGGGCUGGAAAGAAACCCCACUACAAACAAAUUGUCUGGGUCAAACUGGGCAACUACAGGUGGUGGCCAGCAGAGAUCUGCAAUCCUCGCUUGGUACCGUCCAACAUUCAGAGCCUCCGCCAUGACAUUGGCGACUUCCCAGUCUUCUUUUUCGGUUCGCAUGACUACUACUGGAUCAACCAGGGUCGUGUCUUCCCUUAUGUUGAGAACGACAAGAACUUUGUAACUGGUCAGAUCAACAUGAACAAAACCUUCAAGAAAGCCCUUGAAGAAGCAGCACGGCGGUUUCAGGAGCUAAAGGCUCAGAGGGAGAGCAGAGAAGCUUUGGAACAGGAGCGUAACUCUCGCAAACCUCCACCGUACAAAGUUAUUAAGGCCAACAAACCAGUUGGGAAAGUGCAGAUGCACGUUGCAGACCUGUCAGAAAUCCCAAGAUGCAACUGUCGAUCAACAGAUGAGCAUCCCUGCAGCCUCGACUCACAGUGUCUGAACCGCAUGCUGCAGUAUGAGUGCCAUCCACAGGUUUGUCCCGCUGGGGAGAGCUGCCAGAAUCAGUGUUUUACUAAAAGGCUGUAUGCAGAGACAGAAGUGAUCAAGACAGAUGGGCGUGGCUGGGGUCUUCAGACCAACCAGGCCCUGAGGAAGGGCGACUUUGUGAUGGAGUAUGUUGGAGAGGUGAUCGACACGGAGGAGUGCCAGCAGAGAAUCAAACACGCUCAUGAAAAUCACGUGGCCAACUUUUACAUGCUGACCCUCACCAAGGAUCGUGUGAUUGAUGCUGGUCCAAAAGGAAACUCUGCACGCUUUAUGAACCACAGUUGCAGUCCCAACUGUGAGACUCAGAAGUGGACAGUUAAUGGAGACGUUCACAUCGGACUCUUCACACUCUGUGACAUCGAGGCUGGGACAGAGCUGACCUUCAACUAUAACCUUCACUGUGUGGGAAACAGAAGAACUUCCUGUCACUGUGGGGCAGAAAACUGCUCUGGUUUCCUCGGGGUGCAGCCUACGAGCGCUGUGGUGAUGGAGAAGGAGGAGAAGGCCAAAAAUGCCAAGCUGAAGCCAAAGAAGCGGAAGCUGCGGCCGGAGGGCAAACACACCCACGAGUAUUUCUGUUUCUGUUGUGGCGAGGGAGGAGAGCUGGUCAUGUGCGAUAGGAAGGACUGUCCGAAAGCUUACCAUCUGCUGUGUCUCAAUCUUACCAAGCCGCCAUAUGGGCGAUGGGAAUGUCCGUGGCACGACUGCAGUGUUUGCGGUGCUCAGGCUUUGUCUUUCUGUGAAUUCUGCCCUUCCUCGUUCUGCUCGGACCACGAGAAGGGCAUGCUCACUGCCUCUUCGCUGGAGGGCCGACCCUGCUGCUCCAGUCACAACCCUCUCAGUCCGCUGAGCUCCAACUCCAACUCCAGCUCCACUGGUCCCGUCAGGGUCAAGGAGGAACCCGAGAGUGAUGCCGCAGCUCCUUCAAUACCUCAUUCGCUCUAAGUGCACUCCUGUCAGCCCACUCCCAGGGUGGCUUCACUCCUCGGUGCACUAGGAAACGGAAUACACGUGUUUCAUUGGAUAAUUGGAGUCACUUGCAGGGGAGCAGACGUGACGGUUCCCCUCCACUGUUGCCAUAAACACCACCAACACUCUGCAGCUACGUCAUUUCUACAGCUGUGGAAGUUGAACUUCAGAUGUUUUCACGUCGGCACUACGACUAGGACGGAGGAGGAAGCACCUCCAGUCGUAUUUCCUCUGUAGGUUUACCUGCUGUACGCCGUGAUGACACCUUCCACACUCACGCCUCUCCACGUGUGAUGUGACCCGACGUCCUGUUUCUCUUUCUGGAGGAAGACAGUUAUUUGUGCAAUUUAUUUUGUUUUUCAGGACCACACUACAUUCCAACCUUCCUUAGACAUGUUUUUUGAUAUACUUCUGGAUGAAUAUAGUUCUAUUGGUAUCUAUGUUUGUUAAUGUUUACAGACAGAUUCUCACUUCAUCCCGGUGAGUGGUGUAUUAUGUUUGUUUGUUUAGGUGUUGAGCAUAAUGCAGACCUCCUUGUGAGCAUAGUCCUUUUAAGGUGAAAUACUGUAUAAUGGUAUAUAGUGUAAUGGUAUGACAUUACAGAAGUACUUGUGAUUUUCAUAUUGCCAGUCUCACUCGCCAUCUUUGUAUAUAGUCGACUCAUAUUGUAAAGUACUUACAGACCUGGAGGGACGUCACCUCUCUGCUUGUUCCUGAAGGAAGGAAGCGCUUUUGUAAAAUGACACCUUUUUAAUUUUCUUAUUCGAUAAGGAAGUCAUUUCUUUCUAGAUGUUACUGUCACGUGAAUUUUAAAAGGACGACCUCCAAGUAUUGUUAAUCAGCCUUAAGGGAACACCGUUGUUUGAUUCUUGGGUGCAGACUGCUGACCGGACGCACACCAUUUCUGUAAACGUACUGUCACCUCGGACGCUUUCUGAUUUUGUUUUGCCAAACUUUUCUAUGAAGCACUUUCACACGCCUUGUCGCUGUUUAGCUCGAUCACAGAAAUAUCUCUAAAAAACGACAAGUGUUUCAAAGACGAUACCUCUUCUUUCCUCAUAGUUAAUGUCGGAAUCUAAACUGUUUUUCCUUUUAGUUUGUUUUUUUUUAAACUGAGGAAAUUGACCUGAAUGCUGUUUUUGUUUUUCACAAGAAGGAAUAGGUGAGAGCCCUCUGUGUAAUCAGACGUCUGACUGAGGCGGGAACAUCGACGCUGGACUUUGUUUAUACAGUAUAUCGUAUGAAGAAAACUUCAAGUGUCAGUCCAGCAUAAUGUAGAACUCCUGUACAGUGUUUUUAAUGGCUCAUCACUCGAUUCUUUUGUAUUUAUUGCACCACAAUUUUAUACUUUAUCAAACACCAGUGCAGUAACGUGUCUCCCACUCCACCAGUGAUACAUUUUGGGGAAAAAAAGAACAGGGAGUGUCAACAUCAUAUAUCUGUAUGUAAUCUGUAGAGAUCUAUAUCUCUGUCUUUCUACAUCCGUGUGAUGAGUCCACCUUUAGUUGACAGCUGCCACUCUUUGUAUUGUGACUCACUGUAGUUGCUGUUGAAAACAGUGUGAAUCUUUUUGGGAAGUUACACCUCUGAGCAGUUUGGUGCUGUUUUAAGUCAUAAUCCUGGGAUUGAAUUCAAUUGAUUUUAAGUUCCUUCAAGCUUCCUUCGAUUACUCCAGUGUCUUACGUGAAGCGAAACAAAGUCAGUUGUUUACAGUUUGUUUGGUUUCGCUCACUUUCUGUUGCCAAAUAUUUCAGUCGCCAACAAAAAAGGGUCACUUUAAUUCUCAUUUUCAUCCAGUAAUGAAAUGCACUUUGCGUGUGGGAUCUCAUAGUCGUCACUCGCCGUUGGUUCAAAAUCGUGUUUGCCUUUGUGAUUGUUUUUCCAUCGUUCGAUGCAUUUUCUGUUCGGUGCUCCCAAACGGCUCCUGGUUUUGUUUUGCUAACUCAGUAUGCUGGGGAGCUGGAGGAACGCAAAGGCUAGGCUUAUUUUACACAAAUUGUUCCCACUGCCACCUUUUUGAUGAGCCCCUUUCAAACUUUGCACCUAAAUUUGCCAAACGUUUUCAGUCAUAACAGGAAGUGGUCCACCUCAACACUUAUUAACUUUGGGGCAAUUUGUUUUCAAAACAGUUGGCUGUCUUAACUUGAAUUUCCUUUUAUUUAUUGAGUUUGUACACAAGGUUCAUAAUGUGUGUUCGUCGAACUGCCGGUGUCUUUGUGCGAUUGGUUUUGUUGCAUGUUUCUGUUAACGGCAUUGUUGACCUUGAAGCUUUUUUUCUUGUUUCUGUUUGACAUUCCGAAGAUGUCCUUGUUCAUCUGAAGUGCAUGCCUCCAUUACCAGCCUCCACUACAGAGUCCUUAGAAGCUCAAGUUUGAAUGCCAAUGCUGUGCUUUUGAUUUAACAUCAGAGUGAGACUGAAAGCCCUGUUAGGUAAAUUCCAUGUCUGCAGAAUGCCAUGUUUCAAUUCCCUCACAGUUGGUUGAGCAGUAUUAAAACAUUUUUCCCCCCACAUCUCAUAUAUCCACCUGUCGAUUUUUUUUUUUUUUAAGUGGCCAUUAGACAUUUCUCAUCUGAUUGUCCGCGGACUCUAUAAACGCUUAAAUAAAUUCGAAUUAUUGUUCACUGUGACCUUUUUUUGUGCAAUGUUGCUGAUAAACAUUUCUUCAAAGUCGAAAAUGGUGUUUGACCGACUAUUUUCACUGUCAUUAGCACUCGUAGUUAAUGGAGUAACUCUCACUGGGGUCAUAUCUAUCUCUUGGUGUUGCUUCAAUUUAAGAACGUGGAUGAACACAAAAGGUCCAUGUUGAGUACUGUUCGACAUGUGUUUCUACAUAUUGUUGAAAACCCUGUAAAUAGUUUGCAUUGAACUUGCAUAGGAUCAUGUUACUGUGGCGUGCUCAGUUUUGCCUGUACAAUUCUGCUUCUAAAUGUGUGUGACUGUUCAGACGACACUCUUUUUGUACAUGACUGUCUUUUUAUUUGAGAAUAUUGAUUAUGUCCUUUUUCAUUGGAAAGUUGCGUUUGAAGAGUUCAGACAUGCCUGAAGUUUGACUUUAAUAAAGCUGUACUCUGUCUCAGUGAAA